AUAUGUGUAGCUACGUCACCGCGUAACAUGACCUCCGCCGCUGAGUCUGCAGCAGCACCGUCUCUACCUCCAGCCGUCAAAGCAUCGAUAAGUGCGGUGAAAACCAACAGAAACACCUCGUCGGCAGCAGACCAGCGUAAAAAUGGAAACCACGGCCUCCUCCUCCCCCUCCAGCCGGUGCAGUUACAGUUAUGAAGAUUACAAAGAGACAGCAGACUGGCUGCUGACACACACCAAAAAGCGUCCCAAGGUGGCGAUCAUCUGUGGUUCAGGUCUGGGCGGUCUGGGUGACCUGCUGGAGGAUAAAACCAUGUUCUCCUAUAAAGACAUUCCCCGUUUCCCGACCAGCACCGUCCCAGGUCAUGCAGGCCAGCUGGUGUUUGGGAAGCUGCAGGGCUGCGAAUGCGUCUGCAUGCAGGGCCGAUUCCACUUCUACGAAGGCUACAACGUGCAAACGGUGACUUACCCUGUGAGAGUCUUCUUCCUUCUGGGUGUGGAAACUCUAAUUGUGACAAAUGCUGCAGGAGGCCUCAAUGGCGCUUUUAACGUGGGAGACAUUAUGCUCAUCAGGGAUCACAUCAACACGCCGGGCUUUGCUGGUCAGAACCCGCUCUGUGGGCACAAUGAUGAAAGGUUUGGCGUGCGUUUCCCCUGCAUGUCGGAUGCGUAUGACCAAGAGCUAAGGGUCCUGGCCAGGCAAACAGCAGAGGAGCAGGGCUGCAGCAGCUUCCUGCAGGAAGGCGUUUACUGCAUGCUGGCUGGACCGACAUAUGAGACCAUCGCAGAGUGCAGAGCCCUGCAGAUGCUUGGCGCUGAUGCCGUGGGUAUGAGCACGGUUCCCGAGGUGGUGGUGGCUCGUCACUGCGGCCUGCGCGUCCUGGGUCUGUCCCUCGUCACCAACAAGGUGGUGAUGGACUAUGAGAGCAGCGACAGGGCGAACCACGAGGAGGUGCUGAAGACCACGCAGAACCGAGCCCAGGACCUCCAGAGGCUCGUCAGUCACCUCGUCGCCAAGUUCUAGCAACCUUCUCUGAGAUGACUUAGAGGAAACGCAGACAUGAUUUCCAGAUCAGUGUUGAGAUCAUCGCAGCUUUGAACAGAAGGUGAUGGUCAGCGGUUUAAAUUAGGGAGUUUCACUUGUUAUCGAACUUUAAAAAGGUUAAAAGUGGGAAACGUAUCUACAGAACUUUAGGUGAAAGUCCCUUUUAACAUUUAAAUAAUUAGUUUGUCUUAAAUCUUUUAUUUUUUUAGUUUUUUUGCUAAUUUAAAAUAGUCUGAAUCACUGGGAGAGCUAAUGAUACUAAUGAAUAUAUUCAGAAUAUAUUCUUUAAGACUAUUUAAAGCUGUUUUAUUGAUUUUCAAGGUGUUUUUUUUACAUGUUGAGUAAAACGCAUCGACAAAACGGGGCGUAUUUCAAGGCGAGCAUUUAAUACACACAAGUUUAAACUUGCUUUAUAACCAGAAAGAUUUUAGUUCUAAACUUAAUUUAUUUGUGCUUCCAAAAAUGAGCAAAGUUGUUGUUUUGCCUGCAAACAAAAUAUGUGAAAGAACAAGUGAAAGAGAGCAAAAAGAACCGUUGAGCCUAAUUGUUCUUAAACCUGAAGGUUUCUUUGGACAAAAUGAACAAAAUCUCAGUUAAACACUUUCGUAAAACCCGAUGUUGUGCUUUAAACGUCUUGUUUUCCUUUAGGACAGGUGGCGUUUCAAACUCCGCUGUGUCGUCUACAUGAAUCCAUCGUUUAGAGUCAAAUCUUCUUUGUUGCUUUGAAACAUGAAGGUAAAAUUAUUUUUAAAUGUGGAGUUAAAGGGGCCACACGAGAACAGGUCGCAGGUUUGAAUCCUGCCUGCAGCUUUUCGGACACUUGCCCAGGGUGUGAGCAAACGCAGCUCAAAACAUCAGUGGGUUGAAGUGAAAAUAAAUGUUAAACUCAAUUUUUAGCUAGAUUGCAGAUUUAGACGGUCGGCGGGAAAAGCCUUUCAAAAUAAAAGCAGGAUAAAGAGAUCAUCCGUCUGUGGUGUCAGAGUUCAUUUGAUGGUUUAUUUCCUGCGAGUGUGUUUGAACACGGCUCCUCAGUCAGUAGUUCAUGAAUCUAACCAAUCUGCAUCAAGAGGAACGCUUAGACCUAUGGUAGGAGGUCUCUUUACCCCACUUUUAUUUUGUGAUAACUGUUUUCAUUUAAAACAUCACAAAUAUUUAAAUGUCAAAACUUUAAAAUAAUAUAAUUUCUAAAUGUUAAGAUCAAAGUUUAUAUUUAGAUUUGAUUCUAGAUUUUUAUUUUGUCCUAAAUCCAUUUAGUGAAAAGUUAUUUUAGACAAAAUGCAGCAAUUACCUUGACGGUAAGUAAAGUCAUUCCUUGUGCUAACGGCUGCAAUUUAUGAAGAAAAAACAGAGAUGAUUAUUAUUAACAAUGUAAAAUAAUAAAUACAGCUUUAUGUGCACUUGCAUUCUUUAAAAAUUUAAAUAUAUUUUAUUAUAAGUGAAUUACAAAAUACGAGCAUUUAAAGUGUGAAAAACCUAAAAAAUAAAACACCUUCAAUUUGAUUCUCAGAUUUUAUUUGAACAAAGUUUUCAGGUAACGACCCAGAGGAGAUCAUCUAAAUGAAAUCAUUUAAGUCGAGUUUAGUCCUGGUGCAGCUGCUGCAUUCGCUUCGGUUUUCUCUGCACACGAAGACGCCGCCACCGUGUAACAACAGAGAGGAGUUAGAAUACCUGGAUCUGCACUUUCCAAUCUGCUCUGCACCGGUUGGGAACCGCUUGCCAGCUUUCCUUGACUGUCUUAAUUCAUUAGACUUGGAAAGGCCAGAAAAAUCCAGGAUCAGCAGUCAACCUCUUAGAGCGCCGGUAUCAGGCAGGGCAUCGUGGUGCUAAUGGAAAUCUAGAGAGGAAAAGAAAGCGUGGAGACAUUUCCCCCUGAAGGGUUUCUUUUUGCACAUGCAUUUAAUCUUCAGAAGGGCUGAAAGUAACCACUACCGGCGCUAUUGUCCUAAAAACCAACAGAUUUGCUUUUUAUUCCUCGUGUUUUUGAUGUUUAUCACCGGUUAGCAUGUCUGGAUUCAUCGUAUGGAUUUUAUAUCGGUUAAAACGGAGUUACACAACAAAGCUUCACUGUUGUUGCUGUCAAAUAAAAUCCUUUUUAGAUGA